UUCCAGCUCGGUUUACAGAUAGACCAAAGAACAGAUCAACCGAACCUACAGCUAGCUACUAACACCAUGAAGGCGGUGCUCGUUGCCCUCGCCCUCGUAGCUCUCGCCGUGAGCGCGACCUCCACGCACACGUGCGGCCAGGCGCAGGCGCCGCCGCCGCUGCACCAGUGCCCGUGCCAGCAGCAGCAGCCGCAGCAGACGACCUACCCGCAGCUGCCGAUGCUGACCCAGUGCGGCGAGCUGCUGAGGCAGCAGUGCAGCCCGAUGGCGACGCCCUACUGCACGCCGCAGUGCCAGAUGCUGCGGCAGCAGUGCUGCCUGCAGCUCAGGCAGGUGGACCCGCAGCACCAGUACCACGCCGUCUACUCCAUGGUCCUCCAGAUGGUGCAGCAGCAGCCGCCGUACGGCGGGAUCCAUGGUCCUCAGGGCCAGGCGGCGAUGGUGGCGGCGCAGGUUGCGCAGCAGCUGACGGCGGCCUGUGGCAUGCACCAGCAGCCUCCCUGCGGCGCCGCCGCCGGCGGUGUGCCUUAAAUGAGCUAAUGUAAGAUGUGGCCGCUGGCUAGCUAGCUAGCUAUGGGGGAAUAAAGUGUCAUUAUGCAUCACCAUGUGUGAGGCAAUGACAUGAAUAAUUGGGAAUAUAUAUAUAUAAUUCCUUACAACAUG